AUGCUGAGAAUCGUGCCCAUUGCACUGUGCAAAGCCUUACUGGAGGCCAUUAGUCUUCUUCCAGUGGGCCAUCUAAUGGAGAUCUUUUGUGAUCAGUGUCAGCUUUACUGGACUAACAUCUCCUUGCAACAUCCUGAUUCGGAUACUUCAAGCUCUGAUAAAAGUAGUGCAAGUGGCAAAGAUAGUGAUGAUUCUGCUAAUUUUGAUAAUGCUAGUGCAAGGAAGUUUGGUUGGGCUGAGGUUGGCAGGUGCCAUAGUGUGCACCCAAGUUUUUCUCAGGAACCAAAACCUUCCCUGGUUUAUGCUAUCUUCAUUCUUACUCCUGACUUCAAAUUUCAAUACUCCCAUAACAAUGAUGAUAUGAAUGCCAAGCAAGCAUUAGCUUUUGACAAUCCAUUGAGUAAUGAGAGUGCCUUGGAGGGUGCUCAACAUGUCUCCAAAGUCUCUGAGCUCAGUUCUCAGCUGUUCUUGUUCAGUGAAAUGAAGCCAGUAAAUGAUUUGAACCUGGUAGAAGGUGCGGCUGCCGGGUUAAAGGCAGGCUCAAAGUUUCUACAUGAUGGUGUGGAUGAACAGUUUGUUUGUGUUCUCGAUGGCCUUAUCAAAAAUGGUAGCAGACAAUCAUUCACAAAAUUCACUGCCAAGGAAUAUGGCCUGACCUACAAAUCUGCGCUGAAGUCACUCUAA